UGGCUGCAAUCCUAAAUUAUUCAUGGCUUCGCUUGCUGACGUCAAGACACUUAUUUAAUGCUACGGCCCUGACGGCGUUUUCGCCCACAAAUUACUCCGCGUCGUAUGACGUUCAAGAAGAUAGCGCCAAGAUAUGCCUGCCAGCUUGUCCAACGAGGAAAUUUAUAAAACUCUCUGACGGCAUUUGGAAGACCGCAAAGCGAACAGCGUACGGAACGAGCGGAGAGGAAAUGAGUGAAUGUCAAGAAGUAGUGACUGGAGUAUAUUCUCGAAGUAAUAUAGAGAGCGCUGCUGCUACUGACGGCAUUAAUAAGACCGGCUCCUCAGAAAUGAACUCUGAUAUUACAAAUGGGAAUGUAUUUAAGAACGCCGAUUCGUUCCGUCUGCAGUCGUUUGAGAACAGUGCAAGAAAGAACACCACAGUACAUACUCUGAUACCUGAAGAGCCUCUGGAGAUUCAGUGUGGAGAAAAAAGUGCUUUGUUAUUUGUGUCGAAACUUUGCCAAGGAAGUAAGGGACCGUGUAUACUCUACGGCAGUGAAUGGUUGACGCCAAACGAACUACAGUAUAUAUGCGGUAGAGAGACGGCGAAGGAUUGGAAACGAAGUAUAAGACACAAAGGAAAAUCAUUAAAGAGUUUAAUUGCUCAAGGAUUUUUAAAAGUUCAUCCGCCGAUUUGCGAUUGUCCAGGCUGUCGUGUGUCUUCUCCUGUUAAUCGUACCCGACUGGCUGAUAAGUGUGGUUUCUCAAAAUUACCUUCGUACCUCGCUGAGAAAUCGAUGGCCGAAGGUUUCCCGACAAUGUGGCGACGAAGCUCUACGAGCAGUGACGAACCUGAACAGGCGAAAUUGGAAAGUCUCGAUGAUGAGGCUCUGCCACAACGAUCUCACUCCGACGACUCACGAUUUUACAGACCUGACGAUCAAGUCCAAGUUGCUAAAAGACCAAGAAGCUCAUCACCAGACCUCGACCGUGAUCGUGUUAAUAUUAAACGACGGUGUAUGAGUGAAACAGAGAUGGGCAAAUCAACUGGUAGUCUAAAGUCCAGGCUUUCUCCGUCAUCUGCUGGAUAUGACAUGGAAAGUAACAAGAAAUGUGAUGUCAUUGAUUUAGAUAUGAAACUACAGCCAGGUGCCAUACGUGGACCAAUAAGAAGAGAUCUACCUGUGCUAACACUGCCUUCGUCAGCUUACACUGCAAGUGUGUUGUAUGGUCAUAAUCAACCACAUAUUGGUCUGCACAGGCACGUUACAUCUCCUCGUCUACUCUCGCCAUCCUUCGUAAGACCGUCGGUCAAUUCACCGGCACAGAUUCGCUUACUUCACGAGCAAGCUGUGGCACCGUCGCAUAUUUUUGCUCAUCAAUUACGUCACGACUUCCCCGGCAUGGCAACUAUGUUUCCAUACCCAUUUACCCAUCCUUUGCAAGGUAACCCACUGUUAACGUCACAUUUAAAAAAAGUUUCUGAAGUUGAGUCUGACACAAGAGAAACAUCUGAAACUCUGAAUGAGAAACAGAAUGAACGUUGUAGUAAAGAAAAUGAACCGAACGCAACAGAAAACAGUUUGUCUCCAAACAGUGAAGCAACAUCGAGUCCAAAAAAUGCCCCUGAAAACUUAGAUAAAUCUCGCAGUGCAUCCGAUGAAAAUUUAAAAUUUUCUAACGAAGAAGGCGAGAGCCAAUCAAAUACGAGGAUCUAUCCAGAUCUUGCAAAUAUUGCUGCGCAAUGGGACAUUGAGGAAGUAUGUAAGUUCGUAAGUUCCGUAACGGGUUGUAGUGAGUAUUGUGAUGUGUUUAGGGAACAAGAAAUAGAUGGACAAGCAUUAAUAUUACUUACCGAAGAACAUCUCUCUAACAAGAUGGGUCUGAAACUCGGGCCCGCUUUAAAACUUAAGUCAAAAAUUGACGAAUUACGUUGUGUUUUCACAAAAUAGCAUUGAUGUAAAUAAAAGAUGGAAUUAAAUUCAAAAUUUAUAAAUGUUCUCGAUUAUCAACACGGUGUCAAACACGAUAAAAUAUUUUAAUAAAAUCUAAAAUUAAACUAAAGU